UGCUUUUCUGCUACCGGUAUCACAAUUUUUAACAACACAGCACCUUGGCAUUCUGCAAACUUCUCUUUAACUGACUUUACAAAUAAAUUAUUUUGCAGUUUACACCCUAGGGACACAAUAAUACGCUUCAAAACAAGCUAAAACUCUUUUGUCCCGUUUGUUUACAAAUUUAUCAAGCAAGUGAGGUUAUUGUCACUUGCCUCAGCUGGUUUGGGAAGCCGAGUGAAUUCUGUUUAUCAAAAAUGAUGCCUGGAAGAAUGAAUCUCGGGACCGGAAUUCCGGACAACCCGCUAAGCCUCUCAUGGCAUGACUCUGCUUGGAUCCCAGCAUUAAACACCACCAAUGUAAUGGAUUACUUCUCAGAAAGAUCAAAUCCAUUCUUUGAUAGAACAUGCAAUAAUGAAAUAGUUAAAAUGCAGCGUUUAAAUCCGGACCAGCUACAGAACAUGACUGGAUUAGAAUAUGUGCUUCUGCAUGUGCAGGAACCAAUUUUAUAUGUCAUCAGAAAACAACACAGACACAGUUCUCAACAAGCUACACCAAUUGCAGACUAUUAUAUUAUUGCUGGUGUAAUUUACCAAGCCCCAGAUCUUGCUAGUGUAUUAAAUUCACGCCUUUUGUCAUUUGUCCACCAUUUACAAUCAUCAUUUGAAGAAGCAUCUAGUUUCUCGCGUUAUCACCCCAGCAAAGGAUAUUCAUGGGAUUUCAAGUCACAAAGACUUAAUGUUGAGAAAGCAAAGAAAGAAGAAAAGCCCAGGGAAGAACCUAGUUCGCUCUUUCAAAGACAACGCGUUGAUAUGCUUCUUGUGGAAUUAAGCAAAAAGUUCCCGCUGCCGACGCCAUCACAAAUCAAAGCGCAGGCGCAGCAACAAGGCACUGGUUCCACAGCAGGCACGACACCUGGAGGUGCAGCUCCUGGCACAGCACAAGUAAAAGUCGAACAACAAGAAAAUGGAAAUGUAUCCGAUGGAAAAGAUAUGAAAAACGCACAGGUUAAAGACGAGAAAAUCAAACCGCCACCCGAAAAGAAGCAGAGAAUUAAUUAGAUAGUAUUUGUAAGAUCAAUUUAAGGCAUUACAUAUUUAUAACAACAAGUAUUCAAUAAUGAAUUACUGUUUGAGCAUAAA